UUUGUCAAAACUUUACGGUUUAAACAAAAACGAAGGCCCCCAUUCGAUACAAUGUUCCUGUAAGGAGCAUGUAGCUGGCUGAUCAAGAGAAGACUAGGGGAUAAAGGCUCGAGAAAACCCUUUAAAUAUUGCGUUUGAGUAUCAGCAGAUCAUAGCACUAUGGGAAAGAAAAGUAAGCGUGACCGUGGUGCGGGAGGGUCUGCUGGCGGGGGGAAAGGCGGCGGCGGUGGAAACACCAAACCAAACGGAAGAAACAAGAAGGAUGUCCGGGAUGUCAUGGUUCUAGUCAACGAACUUUUGCAGAAGGCCAGCAGCCCUGGGGUACCCCCUGGGAAAGAGCUGGAGGAGCACAUGUCUAUCCGAGAGGUGGUGGAGAGGAUCAGAAGGAAACAGGAAGGCUGGACCCUGGAGCCGGUGUCACGAGAGCAGUGCUUUCCUGUAUUCCUGAAAUGGCUGGAGGACCAUGGUGUUAAGAGUGAUGCUGUUACUAUAGAGAAGUUUGAGGUGGGAGGGUAUGGACUCAAGGCUGUCAAAGACAUCAAGGCAGAGGAGCUGUUCAUCACCAUCCCCCGUAAACUGAUGCUGACAACAGAAACAGCAAGAGAGUCCAGCCUGGGUCCACUGAUAAAGAAAGACAGGAUUCUGCAGGUGAUGGCUAACGUGUCGCUGGCGCUCCAUGUUCUGUGUGAGAAGUACUCUUCCAACUCCUUCUGGGCUCCCUACAUCAACAUCUUUCCAGGCACGUACACCACCCCUCUGUACUUUGAAGAAGGAGAGAUGCUCCAUCUACAGGGCUCACUCAACUUCAGUGACGUCCUGAACCAGUACAAGAGCAUUGCUCGUCAGUAUGCCUACUUCUACAAGCUGUUCCAGACUCAGCCAGAAGCUGCAGGACUGCCAUUGAAAGAAUGCUUCACCUUUGAUGAGUACAGAUGGGCAGUUUCUACAGUGAUGACCCGUCAGAACCAGGUCCCCACCAGUGAUGGACGACAUCUCAUCACAGCACUCAUCCCCAUGUGGGACAUGUGUAACCACAGCAAUGGAGAGUUCAGUACAGAGUUUAACCUGGGCAGUGACUCGGCUGAAUGCCUGGCCAUGCGAGAGUUCCCCACAGACAGCCAGGUCUACAUCUUCUACGGCAUGCGCAGCAACGCAGAGUUCCUUAUCCACAACGGCUUCGUGUACCCAGAGAAUGUGCACGAUAGGGUCAACAUCAAGCUGGGUGUAAGCAAGAAUGACAGCCUGUUUGCUAUGAAGGCAGAAGUCCUAUCCAGAGCUGGGAUUCAUGCGUCCACAUCCUUUCAGGUGCAUUGUGGGAAAGACCCCAUUCCUCCCGAGCUGCUUGUGUUCCUGAGGGUCUUCACCAUGGUGGAAGGUGAUUUGCGAGACCUGCUGACGAGUGAGCACCAGUCUGCGUACCUGAGCUGCCUGGGCAGGUCUGACUGCAUGGUCACCCAGGAGCAGGAGACCAAGGCUUGGGCCUUCCUGGAGACUCGCCUCUCACUGCUCAUCAGGAGCUACAGAACAAGUAUUAAGGAUGUAGAGACAGAGCUGCAGGUGCCUGACAUGACCUACCACAGCCGCGCAGCCCUGCAGCUGAAGCUGGCGGAGAUGCAGAUCCUCAGCAAUGCUGCCGAGUACGCCAAGACCCAAAGGGAGAAGAUCCCCCAGCUGGUGGAGGAGAAGAUACUGCAGCUGGCCGCAGACGUGGCGCUGACGGUCAAGGUGACAGAUGAACUGGAUGGAGAGUUUGUAGAGGAGGUGCUGGAGCUAAGUGAAGAUGAGGAGGACUUUGGAACUGAACAGAAGGAAGUCACAUGUGCGGAAGUGACAGAAGGAAGCAAAGAUGAUAAAGGUGCAGUAUCACACGCAGAGGAGUCGAAGACCCCUGAGAAGGACAGUGGACUCGAGUCCUCCUCAGAGCGGGAAUCUGUAGACGGAGAUGCUAUCAAAAUGAACGGUGCCACAGUUGAAGCAAAUGGUGAAGCUUCAAUAUCAGAAGAGGACUCAAAGAAAUGAAGUUUGGUUAAACAGCAAGGAUUGCUUCAACAGUCAUUGUUGCUGGGGAAACAGAGUUGCCAAAUGAAUAGGUCAUCCAUCUUACAGAUACCACUACUGUAAAAAGGUUCAUCUUGCUAAGUACACAUGUGCAAGGUCAAAGGUGAAGGCCCUCGAGAGGAUGUUGUUUCUUUGUUAGUUUUGUUUGAAACUUUUUUUGUUCAUGAGAAGCUUAUAUCAUAAUUACAUACACAUGAUACAAAAACAUCUGGUUACUUAGAGCAAAAGCUCAGGAUUCAUAGUCCUUGUCCGAUCGUUUUGGACAUAUAUAAGAAUAUGGUCAAGACAAGAAGGGGCCUUCAUUUUGACCUUAUGCACAUAUAGAAUCGUGAACCUUAUAUAUAUAACCGUUAUAUAUAUAUAUAUAUAUAAUUUGUCCAUUUCCUGUACACCUUGACAUUUCAAAACUUGUAAUCAAGGGAUAGAUGGCAAUAAUUUAUUCUUGACACCUUGUCUGUGAUAUGCAACACUGUUGCAGUUUGGUUGUAAUUUGUUUGCUCAAAAGAUGAAUCAUGUAUCUGGUCAUGUAUGGUAUGAUCGUCCAGGUUAUGCCUGAGAAACGUACAGUACUCCAAUCUUCCAAUGGACAACAUUUUGUUAAGUGUAGGAAACAAUCAACAGAAGCGCUAUAUAAAAAAACAACUAACUAUUAAGUAUCAUGUAAGAUCUACAAUGAUCAGAGUAUGGUAGUUGUUCAAUGUAGGGGAUGAGUAGUCUUCAAACAUUGUGCAGUAUUUACUGGUAUCUUUUGUUAUCUGUUGUAACUCUUGACCAUAUCAGAUGGACAGAAGCAUUUUCUGUGAUUGUGAUCAUAUGCAGUUCUUUUAAGUGGACAGAGAUGUUGUUCUAUUGUUGGUCCAGUUGUACCUAAAGAUUGAGAUUUGCUGACAAGUUGUGUUACUGUAACUUUAGUAUAAGGUUCAGUUUGUGCCAAGUGUUAAUAUCUACAAUGGAUGUGCAAUACCACAGAGUAUCUUGCCAUGUUCCGUUCAUAGCCAGGUGGUUAGGUUAGUAGGUACAGGAUCAAGAGAUUAUGGGUUUGAUUCCUGGCAAGACAUUGUGUCCUUAGGAAAGGCACUUUACACAGCUUUCCUCACUCCACCCAGGUGUAAAUGGGUACAAGACAACCUUGGUUGGGGUGGUAAGAGGCAGUCAAAGGAUUGGCUCCAUGUUCCAAAACCAAGUAUGCUCUAGACAGUGAAUUAACAACACACUGCCUCCUUAAGACUAUUGGCCCUUUUCUUUUAUCCUACCAAAGAUACUUGUGCAUCUGAUUGCUACUGGUAUGUAAUAUUACAUCCUUUUAUGCUAGGAAAGCAUGCAGUUUAUUGUCUGUUCUGGAAAUAUUUUGUUGCUAUUUGUCUGUUCUGGAAAUAUUUUGUUGCUAUUUGUCACAACAGAAAUUGGGAGAUGUAACAAAUCUGAAUUAAAUUAAGAUUAAGUUUGAAAUACAACUGUAAAAAU